CAUGAAGCUCUCUAUGCACUGCUGUUGUGCUAAUCUGAAGGCCACAUGAAGUUUGAAGGUCUUUAGCUAUUGACUCUGCAGACAGUUGGCUUCUGUGCACUGUGCACUUUAGCUUCAUGGCUGUUGUUGCCAGUUGCUUCCACUUUGUUAUAAUCCCACUAACAGUUGACCGUGGAAUAUUUAAUAGCAAGAAAAUUUCAUGGAUGGACUUAUUGCACAGGUGGCAACCUAUCACGGUACUACAGUUGGUUUCACUGAGCUCCUGAGAGCGACCCAU